ACAGCUGACAUUUGUUGAUCAAAAACAAAAAUUUAUUUUGUUUGGAAAAUUAAGUUUUACUAGAGAUUAACUGCGUAAAUAGCGACUAGUAACUCCAAAAUGGGAACCUGGGUUCUGGAAGUCGCCAAGAUGGGGAUGUACAUGGCAUUCCCGGUGGCUCUGUUUCACAUCUUCAACCAGCCGGAAUAUUUCGAGGAGUGGGUGACCAAAAAGAAGCGCGAACUGUAUCCACCUGAGCACCUGAGCCAUCGCGACGAGCUGCAGCGUGCCAUAAGGGAGCAUCACGAAAAGCAUGAUGCCAAAAUGAUGCGCGCCAUGGAGGAGGCAGAGCGCAAGAACUAAAAACCCCUAUGCUAUGGCAUCUAAGUCCGGUUAAACUGAAACUGUAAACACUUUUGUAUUGCAUUUGUAAUGCGACGUAAUAAAGACUUGUAUGUACUCCCAAAACAAA